AUGCCGUCGUUUAAACCCUUUGCUGCCGUCACUGGACGUAACAGCUACAGUCUGUUUGACAUCCGCCUUGACGAGGACUUUAUCGUUUUUCGGGGUAGUGACCAUGAAUCCUCUGGCCAAAUUCUCAAGGGCGUUAUAGUCCUUUGUCUACCGCACUCGCUGAGAAUGGAAGAACUCCGUCUUCGUCUUAUGGGCACUCUCCGUAUUUCAGUAAACACCGGUGCAGGCCAAAAGAUGGAUAGAACGAAGACUCUACUCGACCACCGAUGGGCUCCUUUUGUUGGACAGCACGGAAAGAGCAUGAACCUACCCGCGGGCAACUACGAGUACCCCUUCGAAUACAUGCUACCAGGAGACACGGCAGAGAGCGUGGAAGGUAUCCCCGAAGCCUCCAUCACCUAUCGCCUCAAGGCUACUGUCGGUCGUGGUAAACUCGCCUACGAUCUCCACGCCCACAAGCACCUCCGUAUCAUUCGAACACUCGAGCCAGGAGCGCUCGAAACCCUUCAGGCCAUGAGCGUUGAAAAUAUCUGGCCAAACAAGGUCGAAUAUUCCAUUAUUCUUCCCCAGAAGGCUAUUGUAUUUGGCGGCGUUGUCAACAUGGAUAUGCGAUUUACACCACUUCUGAAAGGUUUGGAGCUGGGCGAAGUCACUGCAAAGAUGAUCGAGAUCAGAGAGACCAUGUUCCAGCCGCAUAGCUCCAGUACAGCCGUCCGCGAACAUCGCAUAGAACGCGAGGUUUCCACAUGGAGAUUUGAGAUUGAUCGAAAUGAGCACUGGCAAGACGUCAUUGAAGAGACGGGGCAGGAAGGAUGGGUUGUGUCAAAGCAGCUUAACCUUCCAAAGAAGCUUCGCCAGUGCAUACAAGAUCUAAACCACAAUGGCAUCAAGGUUCGCCACAAAAUUAAGCUAACGGUUGCAUUGCGCAACCCCGAUGGCCACGUUUCCGAGCUGAGGGCCACUCUUCCAGUGUCCAUCUUUAUCUCGCCCAAUAUUCCUUUCGAUGAACACGGCUCUCUGCUCAGCCAAACACCCGGGGAAACCUCUGCUGCGUUGGCCCAAGGCGCUGUUGCACCCCCUGGAUACGGCGAUCAUAUACUAGACCAGCUCUACGAUGACAUGGACCCAACUGGCUUCAUGACUCCUGGAAUGCAAACCCCUAAUAUCACGUCCGGCUUCAGCAGCCCCUUCUACUCGCAAUCACGAGCCGGUUCGGCAGAGAAUUUGGCCAGCUUGGCAGCUGCUAGUGCACCGUUUGCACCAGCUGCGCUUUCAUCAAGAUUGGCCGAUGUUUCACUAGACCCUACUCAACGCAAUAGCUCGUACAACUCGCUUCACUCUGCUCAGGGACAUAUUUCUCCCAGCGGUCAACUUAGUGCUGGGCAUCGCUCCGAACCUGUAUCCACCGACUUGACUAGAAGCAACAGCGAAGAAGAUCAAUCACCACGACAUUCUGAUGAUCAGAUCCACUUAGAUACGGAAGAAUUUGCCGAAAUGAACCGAGUUCCCAGCUAUGCAACGGCCGUCCGAACGCCUCUCCGAUCCCGCGUCCCAGGCGUUGUCCCUGACUAUCAGACCGCAUUGAGCGCACCUCGAACACCGCCAGCGAUCGAAAUAAACCACGAAGUGUUGACAACGAUUACGGAGAAUAGACGCGAGGUUGACGAUGAGGCAGCGACAGCAUCGGGUGGUGGUUUGACCAUGGUACGCUCGCAUUCCGAUUCGCACAUGAACCGUCGACUUCAUUCUAUGCGUGCACAGGACCAGGCAGUAUAA